AUGCCCCAAAUGCAAGUGUGCCCCCUGUUCUUGUUGUCGUGACUGUACCUGCAAGACUUCCCCUGAAUGCAAGUGUGCGCCAUGUGUUUGCGGCUACGACUGUACAUGCAAGACCUUCCUCCAGAAACUUGGUGGAUGUCUCGGUGCCAUCUUUCAACUCUGUCAAUGCCCAGACUGCAGCUGUUGCUCUCUGGAUUCCUGCAUGUGCGGACCACACCAAUGCAACAGAAAAUCCCCGAUCUAUGUGCUAAUCUUCAGUAUGAUAGGAGUGAUGGGAGCUGCAUAUGGCUUCAUUGUGUCAUCCAUGGCAUUGAAAAUUGGUCCAUUAUGCCGUGUAACACAGCUGGGAGAAUGGAGGCAUCCUUUCAACAGAGGGGAUUACCUGAAUAAUUCCAGUCUAUGGAUCAAGUGUAUGGAGCCGGAAAAUGUGAUCUUUUGGCACAUCUUGUUAUUCUCCAUCCUACUGGUGAUCAGUGCUGUUGAAUUCAUCAUCUGUGUUGCACUACUGAUUAAUAUUCUACUCACUAUAUUCUGUGGAAAUAUAAAUUGUUUUAAGGGCCAAGAUCUUAGCUAACUCCAGGCUGAAGUGCAUUCUACUUGUGUCCACAAACUUUUCUCUUUUUUUUGUCACUUUUUUGCCUGAUUCUGUCUAUUUUGACAAUUGUGAGAUGAGCAUAGGACAGGCUAAUAUGCUGCAGCAUAUCAACAUUUAGAGAGGAUGCAUGGGAGCGUUAUAAAAC